GCUGCUUCGUCUCGGUCGUCGUGGUUUAAGCGCCCGGCCUUCUUGUUGUCGUCCGCUAGCUCCUGCUAUGGGGUCGUGAAAUUGAGUUGCUGAGAUUUUUAUCUGUACAACAUGCUUUGCCAGUUUUCUAAGAUUGGAGCAGCCACAAGGGGCCGUGUGCUAGAGAAUGGUGUCCCCUGCUACCUUUUCUUUGGCAGUGGCUAUAACAGAAAGGCAGUGAGCAAAAAACCAUUCCUGUACAGAGGGUUGCCUUCUGAUGCAAGGUCUGCUUCAAGUUUACCUACUCAGGCACAGGUUGUUAUUUGUGGAGCUGGAGUGGUAGGAAACAGUAUUGCAUAUCAUUUAACUCGAGAAGGAUGGACAGAUGUUGUUGUUUUAGACCAGAAUGAGAUAGGGUCUGGCACUUCCCAUAGUGGGUCUGGUGUACUUGGCUUGUUUAAACCAUCAUCAGAAAGGCAAAUUGUUACAUAUUCUGUCAAUUUGAUUAAGACGCUCCAAGAACAAGGCCAUAAUUUGGGCUUCAAGCAAUGUGGCAGUUUGAACCUGGCUCAGACUAGAGACAGAGCAAUUGCACUGAAACGAAGACUUGCGUACACAAAACCUUCUGGACUGGAAUGCGAGGUGAGUUUGAAAACAUCUUUAAGACAUUUUUCCCCAUUAAAGGCUUCUGGCAGGGAGGAAAUGGAAGGAGCUUUCUACAUGGAAGGAUGUUCUGUUCUACGUGUUAUAACAGAUGAAAUACCACACUCACAAAUUGUUCCGAAAGUUACACAAAUUGUUACUUCUCAUGGAAACAUACAUUGUGAAUACUUUGUUAAUGCUUCUGGAAUGUGGGCCCGCAAUUUAGGAGAGAAGAGUUCUCCUAAAGUUAGAGUUCCUGCUUUCCCAGCUGAGCAUUUCUACCUGCACACAGAGAAAGUAAUGGAAGCAUUAGAUGCCUUACCAGUCGUCCGUGAUUAUGAUUCACAUACAUUCUGCCUGACUCGUAAUCAGGAGUUUGUGGUUGGAGGAUUUGAAAAAGAUGCAAAGCCAGCCUUUGGCACUGGCAUACCAUGCAACUGGAGAGAGACACUGGAAGGAGAUGAUGAACAUUUUAGAACUAUCCGGGAGGCAGCAGAACACAGACUUCCUGUUCUAAGAGAAUCUCAAUACAAGCCUCUUAUCAAUGCUCCUGAUAACUUUACUCCUGAUGGAAAAUGGAUUCUAGGAGAAACACCUGAGAUUGACAAUUAUUUUGUAGCAGUUGGAAUGAAUGGUAACAGCUUACAAGGUGCAGGUGGGGCAGGCCAAGCUAUAGCUGAAUGGAUAAUGUAUGGCUCAUUAUCAAAAGAGAUGUUGCCAUUUGAUGUUAGACGCUUUGUUGAUCUUCACAAUAACAGACGUUACCUCAAGGAGAGGACCCGUGAAGUUGUUGGGAGGCAUUAUGAUAUCCUAUAUCCUGGCCAGUGUGAAUAUAAAUAUGCCAGAAAGCUGAGGUGUUCCCCAAUAAAUAGUGAGCAAGAAGCACGUGGCGCAGUUUUUGGAACACGUAUGGGAUUUGAACGUCCUCUUUAUUUUGAUAUUACGCAUAAAAGAGGAGACCCACCAGCACAGAUGCCACAAGGGACUUUUGGGAAGCCAUCAUUUAUUGACUGUGUUCGUGAAGAAUACCAUGCUUGUCGUGAAGGGGUUGGUGUUAUAGAUCUCUCCUCUUUUACAAAGAUUGAAAUUACGUCUGUCGGCUUUGAUAAGUACAGGCAGUUUGAUGCUGAGGAGACAAAGAGUGCAGCUGACAGUUUAUAUAGGUCAAAGUCAGCAGGGAAUCAGGUAGUUGAAUACAUGCAGAAGUUGUCCUGCAAUGACGUGAAUAUGCCAGUGGGCGGAGUGAUUCACACAGGCAUGCUCAAUGAACGCGGUGGCUAUGAAAAUGACUGUCUUCUUAUAAGGAGAGCAGAUAACAGGUACUUGAUGUUAGCACCAACAACCCAGCAAACUCGUAUUAUGGAUUGGAUGAGAAGACAGAUUACUGCAGAAGCUUGUGUUUCAGUGUCAGAUAUAACAUCCAUGUACACAGUACUUUGUGUUGUUGGGCCAAAGUCAAAGGAAAUGUUGUCACUUAUGUGCAACACAGACCUCAACUUUUAUGGCCACAUGGCUAAGGAAAUUAAUAUUGCCUAUGCUUCUGGAGUGAUAGUUUUGUCAUUUACUCAAGUUGGAGAACCAGGAUAUACGUUACUCAUUCCAUCAGAGUACACUCUUCAUAUAUACAGUCAAUUGAUGAAGAUUGGCCAUGAUUAUGGAAUCCGAAAUGUAGGUAUGAUGACAAUGAGGGCGCUACGAGUUGAGAAAUUCAUUCCAUUCUGGGCUGAGGAACUAGAUUCUACAGUAACUCCAUAUGAAGCUGGACGUGGAUAUAAGGUCAAGCUGAAUAAAGAAUAUUUUAUUGGCAAAUUUGCUCUAAUGAGACAAGCAAAUCAAGGUAUAUCCAAACGAUUAGUUCACUUCACUUUGGAAGACACCUUUGACCCUGAUGAGGACACCUGGCCAUGGGGAGGUGAACCUAUCUAUCGCAAUAACAUCUAUGUGGGGAACACAACAUCUACUGCAUUUGGAUUCACUUUAAACAAGAUGGUGUGUUUGGGUUGGGUAAAGCACCCAGAUGGAAGAGUGAUGUCUACAGAUUACAUCCUUGGAAAUUCCAGGUUUGAAAUAGAUAUUGGAGGACGAAGAGUAGCUGCAAAAGCUUCACUGCAACCUCCCAAGAUGCCAGUUGUGAAAAAGGAUGGCUUUGCUUCUUAUAGACCAAAGUCUAGGGGAAUUGUUGCAUAGAAAGUUGGAAUAAAGUUACAAGCAAAUAUACAUGAUGAAUCAUAAAAUUAAGUGUACAUAUUGUAAGGUUUCUUUUAAUUUCCAAUAAAAUGGAAAUUUAU